AUGAGACUUUUCUUAUUCUUCUUAUUCUUCGUCAUCAUUGCAGUGGUUGAAGCGCAAAACAAUCCACUAAAUCAGACACAAGCAAGGAAAUGGCGUCUUGUACCAGCGGCGAGAGGAGCUCGAAACCUUCAAGCAUCAGAGUCCAAGGCGCUUGGAGUGAUGCCAAAGUUGAUCACUCUAGAAGGCUCUCGAUUAGCUAGACACUCGGAAAAGCAUGCACAAUUCUUGAAUGAUGGUGAAUUCGAGGACAUCACCCGAUCCGAGCAACCGAGAAGAAAAGUAAGAAAAAUCGCGAGAAAGGGACGACGAGUCGAAGAAGGAGUUAAUGAAAAGACGACAACCGAGAACCCAUUACGACCAACAACAGCCGUUCAUCGCCCAGAUUUCAAGAGAGAAAUUCAACAAGAGGAUCAAAGUGGAAUCAAAGUUGAAACAGGACCAUCCGGCACUCCAACACUUGAGAUAUCUCCAGAAAAUCUGCCUGAAGAAUAUCGAAAACUUCUCGCAAAAGGAUACCAUUCAUAUCCAACAUUUAACUCAAAGAACUACAAACGCCCUCCACAAGCACUCUUCGAGGCAAACCUUGUGCCAUCAAUGAAUAUCCCUCCAAUUCAACCGCAAUUCCCUAUGUCAAACCAAAUUCCAAUUCCUUUUCAACCAACUCAACCGAAUUCAGGAAUCCAGAUCUUUCCUGGAGCUCAAGGUAACUCAUUUGUGAUUCCGCAAGGAGUAGGCAAUCAGAAUGUGAAUCUAAACUUGUUGAUGAGAGCCCGACAACUUUUAGCGUUACGAGAAUUGGAGUUGAUUAAAGCAAAGCAGGAUCUCCUCCUCCAGCAAGCCAAACAAUCCCAAUUGCAACAUUUGACGAAUCGAGCUGGGAGAGCGAUCGGAGAAUCGACUCAAUCCAUUGAUCGAUCCAAUGCACAAAUCGAUCCAUUCAUCAUGGCUGAACUUCAUCGUCGUCAACUCUUCACCGCUCAACUGAUGCAACAAGCGCAGCAACGAGCAUAUUAUCCUGAUGCCACAUUUAUGCAGUCUGGAGCGAUUCCUCAAAAUUUGGCACCUCCACCACAAAUUGGGAGUCAAUUUGGAGCCCCUUUUUUGGCACCAAUCACUGAUGCUCAACAACAAUCUGCGGGAAAUUCCCCAUUUCAAACUCCAUCAGCGACUUUCCUUCAAAACGGCCAACAAAUCCAGAUUCCGGUUGUUUUCAAGCGAGCUUUGCCAAAG